UGUCGUUGUUGUUUUUCGCCAAAAAGUCUCCGGCUGGCCAAGGACGAUCAAGAAGCACUUUAGCAAAACAAGACAAACGACUGGCUGACGCGUUUUACUUCGUUUCAACCGGGAAUUUCAAUCGUUUUCGCUCCGAGUGUUCCUCGACGGUUACCAGCACGGUCUUCAUCCUUCAACGUCACAAUAUCCCUCUCGAGAAUCCUCUGCCAUGCUGUACGGGCAAUUGCCUUUUCAUAUAUACCUUACAUUUGCGUAUAAUCCGGAUAACAUGUACCGCAAGGGCAUGUAUGCAAUAGACGCUGACUACCGGCCCCUCUACUGUAUAGCACCGGAAAAGCAACCUGGAAAAUGGGGAUCCGUCGUUCUCGUCCGUAAAGUUGUAGAGUACUAUGAUCCUGGACAGGGAAAAGCGUUUCUGGAGAACCUUCCGCCUGUUAAAUUGACGAAACCUUUAUACGAGGUUGCCUUUCGGGGAAUGCUAAAGGCCGGGUGGAAGUUCAAAAACUGCCAGACAACAGAGAAGAUUGAGAUUGUGGCAAUGAAUAGAAAACGCACAAAUGCUCUUUACAUUCCGGAUGCCUACGCAGAUUUUCAAUUGAGGGACGGCUCUCGAUGGCAACUGGAAUUGCUACAGCAGGGAUUGACUCGUAUUAAGAUAUCCCUUAACAAUGCUGAUGGACUCACGCUAGUAGCAGAGGUUCGGAAAAGUUGCCCUCACCGACCACCUGAUUGGAAGUUUGGAUAUGGAGAUUUCAUUCUCCUGAGGCCAGAACUCGUUCCAUCCCCAGACGUUUACGAUUUUUUUAUAGCCGUCUGCUUGCAAAUUGUAGAUGCUGACGUUCCUCAUGAUCUGUGGAGACAGCUGAAUAAGUAAAGUAGGCAACAUCCGCGUGCCAUUAUCCUGUAGAUAGAGAUUGAAGUCGGAUGGGAUAGAGAGGAUAUCCAACACUGGCUCUGAGGGUCCCUGGCAUGAGAUACUCUCCGCGUAUUGGAUCUUGAAAAGCCAAGACUGAUUGCUGUGAAAGACGUGCCAAAGCGGAGAUGUUGGAUCUCCAAAGGGAUGAUUGGGGGCGAUCCCCUUAUUACGAAACAGCUGCUGGACAUGGCGCUGGCGCUUCCAGUCGCAUUCAUAUUUUGGGCUCUUGGGGUGACGGCGUCAGGUUUUCACUGCCAUCGGCUUCAUAGAACCUGCAGUGGUCCGAGGAUGUAUUCUGUGAUAUUCGUGGUCACCUUGAACCCAAGAUAUAGGCAGCUGACCCUGUGUAGGAGAGAAAGUCAUUUGCAGAAAGAGUCGAAUGUAAGAUAUAGCGCUUUAAGUUGGCUAGCAAAGAAGAUGAGCUUGCCCAAAUUGCCUCAAUACAAUUGUCGCAAUAAUACAAAGUCCUCAGUCUAAGCGCCAGUGCAGCCCGAU